AUGAGGUCAAAGGAAGGAAUAGUUCUCAACCAAAGAAAAUAUGCUUUGGAGUUAAUCUCUGAAGUAGGACUUAGUGAUUGUAAACCUGCUUCCAUACCAAUGGAACUCAAUCACAAGCUAACAACUGUAGAUUAUGAUAAGCAUGUGGGAAUCACUGAAGAUGCAGAACUGGGAGAUAUAACAGCAUAUCAGAAACUUAUAGGGAAGUUGUUGUACUUGACCAUCACAAGACCAGACCUAUGCUUUGUUGUACAGGUUUUGAGUCAAUUUAUGCAAAAUCCAAAACAAUCCCAUUUGAAUGCAGCAAUGAGAAUCAUCAGAUACAUCAAAGGUUCACCAGGCCUUGGUAUAUUCUUGAAGAAGGGAGAAACUCAUACUCUUACAGCUUAUUAUGACUCAGAUUGGGCUGCUUGCCCCAAUACUAGGAGAUCAAUCACAGGCUAUGUUGUGAAGUUAGGAAACUCAUUGCUAUCUUGGAAGUCUAAGAAACAACAAACAGUCAGUAGAAGCUCAGCAGAAGCAGAAUACAGGAGCAUGGCAGCUGUAGUUGCAGAAAUCAUUUGGGUAACAGGAUUAUUAGAAGAAUUGGGAGUGAAAGUACAGAAGCCAGUACAUCUGCACUGUGAUAGCAAAGCUGCGAUACGAAUAGCAGCAAAUCAUAUCUUCCAUGAGAGGACAAAACAUAUAGAGAUCGAUUGUCAUUUUGUGAGAUAA